GGCGGAGGGGGUUCACUCUGCGGCUGCCCGGAGGCAUGAGCGACACCGGCUCCGACAGCGACAGCGACAGCUCCGGGCCCGAGCGCGGGGAGAGAGCCCAAACAGGAGAUGGAAGUAGACUUUCUCCAAAUAAGAGAGUGACAGAUGGUGUGGACAGUAGUCCUUUGAGAAGAGAUCACAUUCCUAAAGAUGAAGUUGAUUUUGGCAGAGCAGACACAAAAACUAGUGACUCUGAAGGUGAUGUGGGGGCAGGCGGUGAUUCACCGAUCUGUAGCAGGACACGAUCUCGGUUUUCAUCAGAUCAGGUUCUUCUGCAUACACAGCCUAGCCUAAGCCGAAGACCUCUUCGUCCACUCAAAGGUCGACAGGAUGGUGACGCUUCAUUACAAACUAAAGCUGAUCAAAGGCCUGUAACUUCAGUAUUGCCUCACCGUGAACCUUUGCCCAGGAAAGGAGAAAGGAACAGAAGACCUGCCGGAAAAGGCACCACAGACGCCUCAAACAAGAACGUGGCCUUGAUUAUGGCGCUUGUAGUCAUGGUUUGUUUAAUAAUGUUCCUCUUUGUGAGGAAUGAAUCGCCAGCUGUGACAGUGGGGGAAGUAACGGCACUGACGGCAUUUUCAAACCAAUUUGAUCAGGUUGAAGCACUGUUUAAUGGUCAGCAGUCAGUGUUGUGGAGGAGAAGUAAGAUCACCCUGCGCAACCAUAUCAAUCUGACCCGGCACAUGAAACCUGCCAUCCUGAUGUUUGCAGCCGCGUGGAACGGAGAGCAGACCAUGAGGUGCCUCGCUAAUCGGAUUGCUGGAGUUUAUACCUCGGCCCUCAAUGCCACCUCCACAGUGGAGAUUGAUGCUUCUGACAGAAGCAGGCAGAACAGUGAUGCUGUGAAGCUAGAGGUGGACACAUUGCUCUCAUCUGGAUUUGAGAAAGGCAGCAAGGCAGCAGUGGUUCACCAUUUCCAGGACCUGCCCCCGCCCUCCACCCUGAUAUUCUACAAGUAUUGUGACCACGAGAACGCAGCCUAUAAAGAUAUCGCCUUGUUGAUCACCAUCCUGCUGGAUGAGGAGAUGCUGCCUGCGGGUGUUAGCCUGGGAGCCGUGGAAGUGAAAGUCCGCGACUUUCUGAAGCGGAAGUUCGCUGCCUCUCAAGGAAGAGAGGGAAUGGACACAGACAAGCUGAGUGGACUGUGGAGUCGCAUCGCGCACGUUGUGCUCCCGGUGGUGCCUGUGCGAGAGAUUGAAGAGAGGGGCUGCAAAGAAGAUGGGCAGUGAUCUGGGGAAAGGGUGAAGUUUAGCCACCUGCACUAAUUUCCCCUUUUCUCUGCAUCUCCCACACCAUUAUACUUAGCUGUCCCAAGUGUGUUUUUCUAGCCUCCUUGAAUAAUAAUGGGUGAAAGAUACCCUGAUUUAAGAUAUGAUCUUUCACCCACUCAGAAGAACAAACCUCUUUUAUUUGUCAAUUGACCUGCUUUGUGGAAAUUUGAAAAUCGAACAUACCAGCAAAAUAUUUUUUAAUAUGUUGUCAAAUGAAAUUUUAGUAAAAUAUUGAUGCCUGGAUAUCUUGAGACACUCUGUGCUCAUCAUUUAUCUUCCCCUUUAGUUUUUUAAUGUGCUGUUUAGCAUGAAGUGCCAUUAGCUGAACUCAGGUGAUUUCUUAGUAGCAUCUUUGUGAGGGAAACUUGACAUCAUGAUGAGCAACAUCCUUCUCUUUUUUUUGUUUCAUUGAGGCACAGAUUCCAAAUGCUGUGAUCAAUAGCCCGCUUUACAGCAUCAAAUCAUUAUCCAUACGCCCACCCUCAAACGUGCUUCUGAUCUUGGCUGUGUUGGCAAGUUAAAGAUAACAGCUGGAUCCAAGCAGUUAGCAUGAAUUUAGCACUGAUUGCCAGUGAGAUAACAGACUUGGCACCCCGUGGAGGAUUUAGAGUGGGCCAACCACUGUUUGGCUUGGGCAUUAUGGCUGUCCAAGAAAAAGGAUGCCAAGUCAUUUGGGGAAAGUUCUCCCCUGCCACUGGCAGCAGAACCAGCCAGCAUACACUGGUGGCUCAAAUUUGGAGUAUGUCCCUGGGUCAGAUUGACUUGGAUGCCAAAUGUAUUUGGGGCUGAUCAGCAACUACUGCCAUUAAACUGUUGCCAGUUCAGUUAUACAGGCAUCUGAAGGGAAAUAUGUAACACUAUCCAAGCAUAAAGCUGAUGCCAUCGACUGACCACCUUUACUGAGAAAACCCAGUUUUCUGUUUCCUUGAAAUUGAAGGAUGUGCAAAUCAAGCAACCCCUGAAAGAUGUGUUUGAUUACUCGUGAUGAUUCUUGCUCCAAAGCAGAAAGCUGUCAUCUUUGAACCAAAUCUUGAUCUCGUUUUGUGGUUUUUGUUUUGUCAUGUGACCUUUGGUCACUUGGAUGCAUGUUUUGUUCGGGUUGGGUGGUACAGACUAGGAAUAAUUUUUAUUUUUGAACCACACUAAUUAGUGAUAUAAUCCAGAGACAAUCGAUGAAUGACUAGUUACUAUUCUACCCACUUCCAAGGGAAAGGUGGUAGCUUCACAGUCAGAUUUGUUGUUGUAUUGUGAUUGUGUCUCUUUGUUUGGUCUUGUGUAAUGUCACACUGGAACCAGCAUCGAAUUUUGUUGCUUUUAUUUUCUGUUCCAGCUAAACAUCCUGAUUAACCAACUGCUGGAAAAAAAGUGACAAAAACAAUGCUAACUCUGCACAAUUUAUUUAAUACAGGUAGCAGUUGAAGAAAGUUGAACAGAUCUAAACUUACAAAAUCGAAUGAAAACAUACUGGCUGUGCUACUCAAUUUGGGAAAAGUGUCUAACUCUCUGUUUAGGAAAAACAUUCUCAACAGAAUUAUAUUUCACUAGAAACGCAAUUAUGGUUGUGUAGUAAAGAUUCUUGAACAUUGUAACACAACUUUGACAUAAAUAAUGUCCACGGUAGAACAUUAUGCUCACAGAGUUCCCUAAUCUUUUUUUUUAAAAGGAGAGAAUUCACAUUGAUAACACUUCCGUACUUUAGGUAAGGUUAAGCAAAAUAUUAUGGUAGAGUACCCCUUUCCAGUACUGAUUCUGUUCAGAAUAGUGGGAACCAGUGAUGGUUAUCCCUUUCACGAAGGGGAGAUUAGCUUGUCCUCUGUUCCUGAUAGAGUCCAAUAUUAAACUUGGACUAUGGUGAAUGAGCCAUUCCUGUAGGAUGUUUUGUUUAAUUAUAGGCUUUACUACUUGUCUUGUUUUUGUUGUCAAGCCUAUUUUCUGUAGUAGAACAAAUGGGAAAUCAAUGUAACUUCCUUAUCAGUAAAAGAGCAUUUGAGAAAUUUACUUCUCAUAGCCUUGCAGCUGUAGGUAUUGGGGACGUGACCAACUGUGAGAGCUAUAUGCACCAUGCAAUACCUGUUGGCUGCUGCUGUAAUAUUUCCGAAAUGUGUACCUUUUAAUCACUCAAUUAAAAAAAAUGCUUUAAAAUUUAAAGAUACUGAAAAUGAAAGCACAAAGAGUAGAAGCACAUAUUUUACAUGUAGUUUCAGUUCCACAGUACACUUGUUCCAGGAGGAUCACAGAUACAUGCAGCAAGCCUAUCAGUGCCUGAAAAAGGAAAGUGGAUUUAACUACGGUUCCACCAAAAUAUUCUCUUUCAGCAAUAUUUCAAAAACCUGUGUGUUGCUUUGGGGUGUCCAGCGGUCAUGAAAGACACUACACAAAUGCAAAUUCUUUUUUAAUUGAUUUAAGAGCUCAGCAUUUCUGAUAUUGUCUGUUCACACUAAUGUACAAGUUAAAGACUUGAGUGCUUUGAUUAUGCAAGUUUUUUUUUUAAAACAAUGUUUUGGCUUUCACAUUUCUAUGGUCUCUCAACAAGAAUUUAUUUGUGACAAUUUUGUGUCAUGAGUUUCUUUAAUGCUG